AUUCUAUUCUAUUCUUUGUUUCAUGAAGCUCCUUCAGGAAGUGAACUCCCAGAAGUCCAAGCCACAGUGGAGGAGGCUGGAGACUCGAGUCAGCUUCUGGAAGAAGUGUCAGGAGCAGCUGAAGACCGACGGCACUGACCCAAGGCCGGCGUCACAGUUCUUCCUGUCACAGGCCAAAGCUCCGAGUGUGGACACUCAGACUGAGCUGCCGGACGUCCAGGAACACUGCCUCCUGCUGGGCAUCGCCGCUCACUGGCUCUCCCUGCUCGCUCCACCUCCCGGCGAUGAGCUGGAGAGCCUUGAGAAGACGCUGUGGAGGAACCAGGUCCGGCGACAAGUCCUCACCGCUGCCAUGGAGAAGGAGAGUGUUUUCAAUCUGCCGCCGCCCAGCGUCACAUCUGAAAUGAACACGUACGAGGUUCUGAUGAGGGAGUUCUCCUUCUCUAACAUCUCAGCUCUGAACACGGAGAGGUUCCUCAGUGUGGAAGGACUGCCCACUCCAUGUGAGGAGCAGCAGCAGCAGCAGCAGGAGCAGGAGGAGGUGAACGAUGGCUCGGGUUUGAGUCCAGAGGAGAGGCGAGUUUUGUCGACGUUGAUUGGUCGGUUGCUAGACAACGGCAGUGUUCAUGAAGCCAGCCGAGUCUGCCGCUAUUUCUCCCUGUACCACUCGGACGUGUGGGUGGUGCUACGCUGCCGAGGCCUGGCGUCUGGAGAGCUCCACCCCCGACCACCAGAAGAGGCAUCGGAGCCUGUGCUGAGGAGCAGCAUCGCCAGCUCUUCCUCGUUCAGCAGCCUGUCACUCGCCAUGUUCCCCCUCCCUGAAGACGAUGAUGUUGUUGUCGAGCUCCAAAGGCUCCUGGAUCAGUGUCGCCACGGCAACAAUUACUGUAAACAAGUGCUCAGCCUCUACCAACUCUCUAAGGAGCUGCAGAGCUCGUUCAGUCAGGUCUGCAGGGAGGAGCCUCGCUCCGUGCUGGAGAUGCUGCUGCUCUCGGAUCAGCCUGAGCGCUUCAGAAAGGCCCAGGCCUUCAUCAGAGCUCAGGGUCUGUCUGCAGACACCGUGGCCCAGCUCGUCUCCUCUGCUGUGGCCCACACUCUGCUGGCCUCCUCCACCCAGGACCUGCAGCCUGGUGAGAACAGACGACUUGUGUUUGGAAAGUCAGUCUAUCUGCUCCUCAAUGAUUCUAUACUACUGAACUGUGUGUGUGUGUGUGUGUGUGUGUGUGAGACAGGUGUUCACAGUCAGAGGGCGGACUUCGAUCCAACUGAUCAAAUCAAAAGCGAUGAUCCAAAUGGAAUUAAACUGAUGGAAAACAUCAACACUGUUCCACUGAGACCUGAGUCGCAGUAA